GGCGGCGGGCGCGGGGGUCGCGGGGGAUUCACCAAGGGGUCCUCCGACUCCCCGGCACCGACGUCGACAUCCUCCGGCGGCGACAAGCCGGGUCCUUCGGGCGGCGACGCAGCCUGAGCCGGUGACUAUGACAGAUGGCAUGCUUGCUUCUUGUUGAUUUUCCCCCCGCCGUUUCUCCUUUCUUAAAACGCCCUAUCUUCUUCGUUUUCCCUUCUAUUUUUGUAUCGAAAUCUCUCUUUCUCUUUUCUUACAGGGCUUCGUUAAAUUCCCAGCACGUGUUUCAAUUACCACGAAUAUUCUAAUUUUUAUUUGUUGUGCUAUUUCCAACACCGUAUCUUCUGUGUCUCUUUUCUCUGACCCUCUGUCUAACUACUACUCCGUUGUUCUUUUUUUUUUAUCUUGCAGCGAGAUUUAUGCUUUUGUUCUCCGCAGUAGUCAGUGAGUCAGUCUUCUUGGGACUGUCUAUCGGACGGUCGACAGACGGGUACGCCUUACACCUUACACUUCUUUGUAUGGUAUGAUAUGGGAUGAAGUGAGAUGAGACGAGCAUCAGAUGGCUCGAAGGGGGGAAGAAGAAGAUGAGACGGAUUAAGAAAAUAAACU